UAGGUCAUACUUAUUAAAGAAGAUAUAUAGCUGUUGCAUGUUUUAAAAUGGAAAUUACAAUAGGUGUAUUAUUAGCCUGCGUUAUUGGAUCCCUGCCGUUGUUGGGUUUACUAACGUGGUGGUGGAACGAGAUAUGGUACGUUCUCCCUCUGAAAUUUCAACUUUCCGGUACUGCUACGAAGUUACCACCUGGCCAUCUGGGAUUUCCCUUUGUUGGCGAGAUGCUUACCUUCCUCUGGUACUUCAAAAUUCUUGGCCGCCCAGAUGAUUUCAUCAAUUCUAAGAGACGCUGGUACGGCGACGGAGUAGGAUUGUACAGAACCCACCUUUUUGGAUCACCGUCAAUCAUAGCAUGUUUCCCAGCAGUCAGUAAAUUCAUUUUCCAAUCAAAUGACAUAUUUAUUUUGAAGUGGCCAAGCGUGGAUAUUUUAGGCCAGAAUUCUUUGGUAGUAGUUCAGGGAGAGGCCCAUAAAAGACUUAGAAACCACGUGACUAAUGCUAUCACUCGGCCAGAUGCUCUUUGCCGCAUAGCUGCUCUCGUACAGCCGAGGAUGGUGGCUGCCCUCCAAUCAUGGGUCGAUAAGCGUAGAAUCAAUACUUACAAGGAGAUUAAAAAGGUAACCUUCGAGAACAUUGGGAAAUUAUUCGUAGGCUUGCAACCGGGACAGCAGUUGGAAGCCAUAGAUGAGUUGUUUAGGGGGUUGCUCCGUGGAGUUAGAGCUUACCCUUUGAACAUUCCUGGAACUGCCUAUCGCCAUGCUCUGCAGUGCAAGAAGAAGCUUGACGCAAUAUUCAGAGGGGAACUUGAGAAGAAGAAAAGGCAACAGGAGUCUGAGAAGACAAAUGAUCUAAUGGAUGGACUGAUGCAAAUUGAAGACGAUGAAGGAAGUCAAUUGAGUGAUCAAGAGGUGCUAGACAACAUUGUUGCCCUUGUUAUUGCUGGGUAUGAGUCUACGUCUGUUGCUUCAACGUGGGCUAUUUACUAUCUUGCCAAGUAUCCUAAUGUCCUUGCAAAGCUACGGGACGAGAACACUGCUCUAUGCAAGAACAAAAAAGGAGAUUUCAUUACAAGUGAAGAUGUUGCUAAACUCAAGUACACAAACAAGGUGGUGGAAGAAACUAUAAGAAUGGCCAACAUUGCAGCGUUUAUUUUUAGAAUGGCCACCAGAGAAGUUGAGUAUAAAGGUUAUAAGAUACCGAAGAAUUGGAAAGUGAUUGUCUGGGCUCGAUACUUCCAUACAAAUCCUGAAAAUUUCGAGGAUCCUAUGUGCUUCAACCCAGACAGAUGGAAUGAACCGGCAAGGCCAGGAACGUAUCAAGUUUUUGGUAAUGGAUCUAGAAUCUGUCCAGGAAACAUGCUUGCUCGCCUACAACUGGCACUUUUUUUACAUCAUUUGUCUAUAGGAUACAAGUGGGAACUACUUAAUCCUGAUGCUGACAUGAUUUAUCUUUCACAUCCAAUGCCAGUUGAUGGGGUUGAGAUUGUAUUCGACAAGAUUUAAUAAUUUCUUUCUUAUUACUUGUAAUGUAUAAAAUUAUUGAAUAAUAAUAAUAAUAAUAAAUUAUCAGAUAAAAAAAGUCAGUUUA